AUGAAGAAGGGCAAGCUUAACAGGUCAGGAGUUCGGUUCGGGGAAGCGGAGUGCCUCUCGGCUAUGUCUGGCGGCUUAGUCAACUGCCUCUCCUACCUUAGCGAUAACGGGGACCUGUCUAUAGUUGAUGUAUGCCAGAAGUGUAGACGGCUCGUGAUUAACUGUGAUUGUGAAGAAGGGUGGACCCCGUCAACUAGAGUGGUGGUUCGUAAUGCAUUAGCCAAGUUUGAUGUCAUGAGGACGGCCUAUUCGGUUAACGGUGCAAUGGGGCUGGAGAAGCUCGGUGACGACGAAGAGAGGGCUCAGGUGGAAGGCAGGCGUACGUCCGUCCCGUUCAUCGCAGAGUCCUUCACCUACCACGCUUAG